AUGCACACUGGGGUUUCGGUGCAGUCUAUGUCGCUGCCGUUGUUUCUCAUUCUGCUCUCUGCGGUGGAGGACACUUUGUUACAAUCGGUGAGCCAGGUGGGUGGUGUGUGUAAGCUGUCCACAGAGUCGUCUCUGCGCCGCUGCCGCACACCCAAUGGCAAGAUCUGCAGCGGGAGUGGCAAGUGUGACUGCGGCAUCUGCACCUGCUUGGCCAAGGAGCCAGGGAAGUUCUACGGUCCGCGCUGCGAGUGCCACGACUGGGUCUGCUCCACGCACAAUGGGAAAACUUGCAACGACCGCGGCUACUGUGACUGUGGGACGUGCGAGUGUGAUGAAGGCUGGUUCGGAGAGUCCUGCCAGUUCCAGGAGGAGUGUGACCUAACCGGCAAGAAGAGCAAAGAGCUCUGCAAAAACCCACAGGGGGUGGUGUGCUCCAACCGAGGCACAUGCCACUGUGGCAGCUGCAUGUGUGACAUUAAGGUCAAAAGAGGUCUGGUGACGGGACGCUACUGUGAGUGUGACGACAGCGAGUGUCUGGACGAGGACACCGGAGAGGUGUGUGGAGGCCACGGCCAGUGUUACUGUGGAAACUGUUACUGCGCUGCUGGUUGGCAUGGAGACAAAUGUGAAUUCCAGUGUGACAUCAGCCCAUGGGAGAGCAAGCGGAGAUGCACAUCUCCAGAUGGCAAAAUCUGCAGCAACAGAGGGACCUGUGUGUGUGGAGAGUGUAACUGUCAUGAUGUAGAUCCCUCCGGCGACUGGGGAGAUAUCCACGGAGACACCUGCCAGUGCGAUGAGAGGAACUGUCACGCGACCUACGACCGCUACACCGACGACUUCUGCUCAGGUCAUGGCCAGUGUAAUUGCGGGAGGUGUGACUGCAAGGAGGGAUGGGACGGGAAGAAGUGCGAGCAUCCUCUCUCCUGCACCCUGCCUCCAGAGAGCAGUCUGAAGAAGUGUCGCGGAACGUCCAAUUUGCCUUGCUUCGGACGAGGUCAGUGCCUGUGCGGACAGUGUACUUGCUACCCACCUGGGGACAGUCGUGUUCACGGCAGAAACUGUGAGUGUGACGACCGUCAGUGCGAGGAUAUUGAAGGAGAGGUCUGCGGAGGUCACGGUUACUGUUCGUGCGGACGCUGCAUCUGCGAGGAGGGCUGGUUCGGGAAGCUAUGCCACUUCCAGAGGUCCUGUGACAUGAGCGACGCUCAGAGCAAGGAACUUUGUGAGACGUCGGACGGAGUCAUGUGCAGUGGAAAAGGUUCCUGUCACUGUGGCAAAUGUAUUUGCUCUCCCCAAGACUGGUGGGUGUCUGGAGAGUACUGCGAGUGUGACGACCGAGAGUGUGACAAACACGACGGCCUCAUCUGCACAGGAAAUGGGUUGUGCAAUUGCGGCAACUGUGAGUGCUGGGACGGCUGGACGGGGAACGCUUGCGAAAUCUGGGUGGGAGCAGAGUACUGAAGGGGAGAGGGACGCUGGCGUUAAGAGACAAGAGAGGCCUGGCUGCCAGGAGCGACCAGGAGCACCGCUGAUCGUCACGACCAGGCUGGUAAAAAAAAAAACACA